AAAAAGUGUAAAUGGAAGAUCCAGACGCCAUUAACAAUCUUGAAAAAGAAAUCUCUAAAAAGGAAGAGAAGAAGAAACCUAAGUCUAAGAACAACAUUCCUUUGCUAGUCUCUCCUCAACAGGCUGAGACUGUUGAGCUCGACCUGGAGAGCCCAAGAUUCAAGCAAGCAAUGGAAAACUUGCAGUUCACUGAAGAAGACUUUAAGAAAAAGUAUAAUAAAAAGAACAGCCAAAGUGAUUUUAGACAGCAUCCUAAUGACACCAAAGAUGUUCUUGAGAUUCGGAAGAAGCACUACUACUCAAGAAUGAUGGACACGAUCAAUCAAGUAUUGAUGGAACGCAGGAAAAUAAAACUAGGAAGAGUUAAAAUAAAGAAUGACUCCACUCCAAGCAAACAAGAAUCUUUAGGGCUUAGUAUGUACAAAUCCCAAAAGAAGAUCCUGAGCACAUCUCCAAAAGCAGUAGUCAAAAGAAAAGUUGAAAUUAUGGUUCAAAAUCAAGAAGAUCAAAACUACAAAAAUAUGAAAAAGGAACUCCAGAAGAAGGCUAUCCAAGAUCAAGGACCUAGCAAAAUUGAGAUAAUGAAGUUCAAACAGACACAAAAGAUUCAGGAAGCGAACAAAAAGCGUCGUGAGCUUGAACUUCUCAACCAAAGAAAAAUUGAUGAGUACAAGGAAGUCAUCGAUAAGAAAGAGAGGCGGAUUGAAGAGUUCAAGUCAAGAAAGAUGCUUGCUAGGAGACCCUCACAGGCCUCUUCCCCUAGUAUGCGUCAUGUACAGUCACAAGAGAACAUUGACUACCUUAGCCUGCUAGACCAGAUAGAGGAGAGAUGCAAGGAAGCCAACACGAGAAAGAACAAAGAGGUAAAGCAAAAGGCUGCAGAAGUCCAGAAGAAGAAUCUUGAGACCCAAAGAAAGUUACAACAUUUCUAUAAAUCUGAAAAUAAAAUUGAGAAGAACAGACAGCUCGAAUUUCAACAAAAAUAGACUUAAGCAGCAUCUAAAGGAGACUGGGAGGAUCAGGUCGGAACAAAAGUUAAGAAAUCAGCUGAAAAACCAGACUUCUGCCGCAAACAAAAGGAGAGAAGAUCUCAAUGCAGAGGAAAAGCUUGAACAACUAAUGAAAUAAAAUGAAAAAUAAUGAGAAUAAUAUUGAGAAAUUCAAAGCUCAGAAAGAGCAUGAGUUUUUCCUGAAGCGUGAAAUCAGAAGACUCAAGGAAGAGGACUUCCUCAAAAUGAAGGAGAGGCAGAAAAGACUUGAGUUCAUAAGAAAAAUGGACAUUCUCAAUAAAGAGAAAAUGCAUGAUAACUACAUUAAAAGAAACAAGACUCAGAUUGAAAGAUUCAAGAAGUCUAGAAUGCGUAGGACUGUUAAAGAGAUGUUUGAUAAGCAGAAAUUAUUCCAAACAAUGGUGAAUAUGAACGCUUCUCGAAUGAGCCCAAAGAAGUUCUUGAAAUCCCAAAAUCUUGAACUCAACGUGCAAUUCAGAGAUCCUCCAAAGCUUAAGGAAGAGGAUCAAGAUUAA